AUGACAGUAUCUUCAUCUGGAGUGUCCGUCAAUUGUGCAAAGUUGAUCAUCGGUUUGGGAUUCUCUUCCAACUUUCAUACCGUAUUCGGAGUUCGGUUCCUGUUGGGCUUUACCGAAUCCGCCGUCAGCCCUUGCAUGUUGGCUCUCAUGGUACAAUGGUGUCAAAUCGAAGAACAGCCCUUCGUCACGAGUAUUUGGCAAGCUAUGCUCGGCACUGCGACCGGAAUUAGUGCUCUUUUCGCUUGUUUCAUCAGUACGGAUUCUACCAUAUCCAGAAUGGAAAGAUCCAUGGCUGACAGUGACUUCACAUCACAGUCGCUCUCAUCAGCUUUGUCUGCUCCAGUGAGCCCUCUUUCGCCGACUCGCCGAGCUCUAGCUGACUCCAAUCUCCCAGUCAUCGUCUUCCUUUUCUUGCCCAGCUCUCCUACCAAAGCACGUUGGGCGACUGAAGAAGAAAAGGUCCUCUUCGUCGAGUGCGUCCGUGCCAACAACCAAGGUCUCAAGCAGAAACAUUGGAACACGGCUCAAGCGCGCGAAGCGUUUACCGACCCCUUCACUUUGUGUCUCUUCGCUCUUUGCGUGUUCAACACUCUGGUAGUCGGGGGCAUCAGCACCUAUUCAGGUCUGCUCAUCACUAAGGCCUUUGGUUUCUCAAACUUGGAUGCUCAAUUGCUGAGUAUUCCUAUCGGCGCUAUGGGCGUGAUCACUUUCCUGACCAUGGGUUUCUGCAUCCGAAAGACCAACCAGACAUGCUACACCAUGAUCGCUUUCACCAUCCCAAACAUCGUGGGCACCGUGGUCCUACUCACUGUCGCGCCGACGAGCAAGACGAAGGGUGGCUUGGUGGUCUCCUUCCCCUGCUAUCCCGCAACCUUGAUGCUCUUGGCCAGAAACUCUGCGGGUCAAAAACAAAGAAGAGUAUCACCUAAUACGCCGUUACAUUCAUUGGUUGGGCUGGAGGAAAAGCAAUCUCGACGCAAAUCUUCCAAUCGGAAUGGGGUCCUCGUUACUUCAACUCACUCUACAUUCACCUCGCACUUUAUGGCGGUUUCAUCAUCUUUCAUCAUGCUCUUGGCUCGCCGCAACAAGAAAAAUCUUCAGGGUAUCGAGGGUCGCAAGGCCGCAGAGGGAGAAUAUUUACCUGGAGAAUGCCCGGGCUUUCGAGGACUUGACCGAUAG